GUGCGAUAACGUGCGAAUGUCUGCUUCUAGCUGUCUCUCGUUCUUCAGUAGUAGGUCGGACGGGCUUAGCGGAGGCAUGGGUAAUGGGUGUUGUGGUACUAUAUGGUUUUGUGUACACAGCUAAGAGAGCAAUAAUGUGACUAUAACAAAUUAGCCGUUUGCAUCAACUCAACGCAGCAGCGCUCAGUUCUAGUUAGGAACGUGACGCAUCACCAUCGGCGCCUGUAGUCGAGAGCAAUUUUCUUACUUUAUCCAUCAUCAGUCGGAAAGUUCCGAAAUUUGCGCAAACAUGGGUCUGCUGGACGAACUGAUUAGAGCGUUCGAUCACUCGCUAAUCCUCAGCUGCUGGAAGUACAUUUUCCCGGUGCUGGUUGUGCUGUAUAUGUUUAUAUUUCUGUAUGAUAAGCAUCGCUAUGGCGGGAAGAAAAGCAAGAUUACCAAUGUCGCCCCUACAGUUGCGAUGACUAAUGAGGUCAAGGAGAAACUGGAUGGUAUGGAAUAUGUUGGAGAAAUCGACUCAGGCGAAUUCGAUCCAACGCCGGUGCUAGAGGAAAAAGAGCACAUUCCAUUCUCCGGUGCCAUGGUCACGUUGGACAGUGACCCUCUGAAGGCAGCCUCGAAAUUUUACAAGAUCGUCAACGACCGCCGAAGUGUCCGCAAGUUCAGUUCCCGCCCGGUAGAUCUGGCAGUAGUCGAAAAAUGUAUCCAUGCAGCUGGUACCAGUCCGAGCGGUGCUCACACGGAACCCUGGACAUUCUGCCUGGUAUCGAACGCCGACGUUAAAGAACAAAUUCGGGAGAUAAUCGAAGCCGAAGAACUCGUCAACUAUCAGCAGCGAAUGUCCAAGCAGUGGACCACGGACUUGCGUCCGCUCAAGACCAACCACGUGAAGGAAUAUCUCACCGAAGCGCCCCAUCUGGUGCUGAUAUUUAAACAGACGUACGGUUUCAAAGAGGACGGUGCCAAAAAGCAACAUUAUUACAAUGAAAUAUCCACCUCUAUUGCGACGGGAAUUUUACUGUGCGCACUGCAGGUAGCUGGGCUGAACUCGCUGGUUACCACUCCGCUAAAUUGUGGACCAGCGCUGCGAAAUUUGCUCGGGCGACCGGUGAACGAGAAGCUUCUGGUUUUGCUUCCGGUAGGUUAUGCGGCCGAGGACUGUACCGUUCCGGAUUUACAACGUAAACCUGUUGAGGAAAUUUUAGUUAAGUAUUAGAGAGAGGUUUAACGGAAAUUGUAAAUAGUUUUAGCAGUUGGACGAGAAACAUAAAUUGAAGAUUAGAAAAAUAAAAAGUGGUUAUGCCAUGCUUGAA